CUGUUCCAAAUUUUACUUUCAGACACGCAACGACAACCAUCACGAACUUAAAACGACAUCAAGAACAAACUCGAACGGCUUAGGGUUCCUACAAACAUUUCUCCGGAUCAAAAAUCAUGGGAGGCCACGAGGCGAUAGAGGUAGCGAAAACCGUCAUUGAGGUGGCUGACGUGGCAUGGAAAGCCGUCGAAUGUUGCCACCACCACCACGAGGAGACGGAAACCAAGGCCGUCUGUAGAGGAGAAUUGGAGUCUCUUAAAUCGGAGAAUCUCCGUUUAAGAAACUUGCUGGAGCAGAACCUUAAGUUACUUGAAAAUUUGUCAGAAUCGCCUUGUUUGUCAAACGACUGUCCUCCUGAUUUGUAUGCACGGCUAGUGGCUACCGUGGAUUCUGAGGAAUUCUUGUCUAGGCUAAAAAAAUUUCGUCAGGAAUCGAUUAAUGGAACUGGGAUUGAGUUUCCUUUCAAGGAGGCUACAGAUGAUUACGUGCGAUCGGCUGGAAUUUUGAUUAAUGUUGACCAAGAAAAUCCCAGUUGGUGGGUUUGGGUGACGGAUGAAAUGGUACCGAGUAAUGUCGAGGAAUGGAGUGGAAUUGAUGAUGAGAGUUAUGUAGUUGUUAGCGAGGAGCAUGUGGUUGAUGGGGUUGCUAAUUUCAUGGCUAAAUGCAUUUUUUCUAACCCAAAAGCUCAGAAUGUGACACCAGAGGAGCUGCAGAAAAUUCUGGCAAAAGCAUUAGGUGGUGGGGGCAAAUUGAGCAAAUUAGAGAAGAUUUUUGGUAUCUGGCAUGCUGGAAAGAUGUUUUAUGCUCUUUCCACCUGGGGACUUGCACUGACAGGGUUGUAUAGGAGUCGUGCUGUACUGAAACAUGCUGCAAUGGGUGCUCACAUGGCCAGCAAAGUUGUUCUGAAGGCCCUCUGAAGAUAUCCACUGAAAUGAAAUCACGAAAUGGUGUAAAUGAACUAUAUUAAUGGUAGGAACCGGGUUAUCAAUUUGUUUGGGGAGCAACAAAACUUGAUAAUUCUCGAUUUAUUGUCAAGUGUGCAUUAUUUUAAUUUGUUAAUGCUGUAAAUAUGUUGGCUUUGUGUCAUGUUCUGUCAAUGACAUUUAUAUGGAUUGAUUCAAACUCAAUUCUUGGUAAAUAUAUU